UAAAGUAGAAAUGAGUUAUUUAAGUGAACUUUCGCAAUCCCAAGAAUACUUAAGUUUUCGAAGUAGCAUACCGCUGCGCAAAAUAGUCGUUGAUUCUGACAGUUCAAAGAACUGACUGGAGUGGUUGUGAUGUGUCGUGUCAUCCCGGGCCGACCUGACACUAAGCAUCCAGAACAGCGACGCGUUAUUCACGCCACGCCACGUGGUAGCCUCAGUAAGCCCACAGAAUUCCCAGGCCUCAGAGGGAGGGAUGACGGUGACAAGGAAGGAAGACGAGGGAGCAGGGGUUGGCGAGGCCGGGCUGCUCUAAUCCCCGAAUGUGUGCACGCAUGACAUCAGGGGCCGUGCAGGACCACCAGGCAGUUCAGGGUUGGAAACUGUAUGACUCCGGUCCAAAAAGUGUCAAGACACCUUUAGUUUGUUUGCCCCCAGUUAGUGGGACCGCUGAUGUUUUCUUUAAGCAACUUCUACCCCUUAGUGCUAAAGGAAUUCGGGUUAUAGCGGCAGAACAUCCUGUGUACUGGGAUGUCGGAGAAUGGUGUGAAGGAUUUAAGAAACUUCUUGACUACUUGGGCCUGGCGAAAGUACAUUUGUUUGGAGCUUCCCUAGGUGGGUUUCUGGCCCAGAAGUUUGCAGAGUACACUGCGGUGUGCCCUCGUGUGGCAAGCCUCAUCCUCUGCAACACUUUCACCGACACGGCCGUGUUCAGCUACAGCGAGUCAGCAGUUGUAUUUUGGAUGUUGCCAUCUUUGAUCCUGAAAAAAAUGGUGAUGGGAAACUUCAACACUGGCAAAGUUGACACUCUCAUUGCUGAUUCUAUUGAUUUCAUGGUAGAGAGGCUGGAGAGCCUGAGCCAGCAGGAACUGGCCUCCAGGCUGACGAUGAACUGCAUCAACUGCUACGUGGAGCCGCAGAAGAUCAUCACGCUGCCCAUCACCAUCCUGGAUGUGUUCGACGAGUACGCCCUGUCCAACACGGUGCGGGAGGAGAUGUACAAGUGCUACCCGACCGCCAAGCUGGCGCACCUCAAGUCGGGCGGCAACUUCCCCUACCUCAGCCGCAGCGACGAGGUCAACCUGCAUCUGCAGAUACAUUUACGACAGUUCGACGAGACAAACCUCUCCGCAGCGGAGCCCGGGUCCUGUCUGGACCCCAUUCCUGUCGCAAGGUAGAACUUGGUUACGGUCGACACGUGAAGCUGUUGCCAUUAUUACUCAGCAAAACUUGGUAGAAAAAGAGACGUUGCAUCAACCAGUUUUGAACGUACCUGUUUUUGAGAUAUACCUCUCAAUGGAUGGCCUACGCCUUGAUGGAGUUUUUACUACAAUCAUUCAUACUCGUGUAAGUGCCAGCCACAACUAGACAGCAAGUAUGAAUGUUUGUUACUUAAUUCAGGUAUAUUGUGCUUGUAAGAGAGGUAUGGUGUUGAAUUGUUCUCAAUGUGUAUGUGUUAGGAUUUAAUGUAGUUUUAUUUAGCAGAACUUAGUAAAUAUGUAUGUAGGAAUUAUGCUUUCCACACAAGUUACAGUUAAUUUUCUCAUGUGUGUUAUAGAAAACUGGCAUUUUACUAGUCAUUAACUCAUGUGUUUUUAUAAAAAAUAAUUAUUUUUAAUAGAAUGGUUUUUUUGUGUUUAAUGCUGCAGUUAUUUUUUUAUUGGUGAACUUUUGUAUAACUAUUUGGUAUAGGAUAUAUUUACAUUGUUUUGUUUUGAAAAGGAUUUUUUUCUUAAUGUAUGGUUACUUUGAUGUGCAGUCAAAACAUAUUCUGACUUGAUAAUUCACGUUAAUAAUAAGCCUCAAAGGAAUUGGUUUUUGUUAUGUUAAUGUCUAGACUGUUUUGAUUAUUGCUAUAAUUUUCGUAUGGAUUUUUGUUAAGUAAUAAUAAGAGUAUGUUAGUAUGCUGUUAAAAGAAGUUAUGAAUGUAGUUGUUGGUGCAUUCCAAGAACCAAGGUUAAUUAUAGUUAUUCUUGAGAUUAUUUCAACUGGUGAUAUUUGAAACUAUUGUGUGUGCAAUAAUGCAAUUUGUGCCUUUGCCAAGAACACUUUGUCACAUGGCUCCAGAAGUUGUUUUGUAUCUUGAUUUGGUUCGCCAUGAGGGCGCCUGUCAUCAAGUGCAGUUUUGUUCUAGUUCUCUAUGUUCCUUGUAAACAUGUAACAUACUCCCUUUGAUAUUCACUUCACCCCUACUAGUUUCGUGGAAGAACUUUCAAAGACUAUCAGGGUAAGUACUACUUCACUAAGAGUGUGAUGCAACCAUAGCUGCACUUGUGUAUAUGUACUAUUUAUGUUGCUAGAGUGAUACUUAUUCUUUCUUAUACAUAUUAUGUAUUCCAGAGCAUUUCUUUGUGUGAUAUAACAAUGUGUACAUGGCAAAAUAUUUUUAAAAUGUACGAUUUAGUAAGAUCAAAUAAUGGUUUAAAAUGUAUAACUGGAAAUUGUGUAAAAAUUGUUUUACGCUUGGAGUAAUUCAUCCUACUGGAAGGGAGCAUUGAUGGCUGUUGUGAAUUCUUUGAUAUUGAAGGUGGCAGUUACUUAAUACACCAAAACCAUCUCUGGGACUAAUUACAUUUGCAUAGUUAGCAGUUCCUCGUGGUCUGGCCGAGAUGUGAUAGCGUGUCACACUCACGUCCAACAGCAAAGGAGUUGCUAUGUACUAAGCUUUAUCUGAGAUCUCCAGAGUUAGAAAUUAUGUAAUUCUCCCGCACAUGUUUCUCACUUUGAUUGAGAUGUAUUGUGGAAAUAAGCCAAUGACAUUUGUUUUGUUCAGCGGGAACUGUUGUUCUAAACACUACACAUGACCAGAGAUUAGGGAAAUAUACAGAUGGAGCAUAAGGUCCAUUUAUAGAUGAGAAAAGUGGGGGGAGGGGGGAUUUCAGUGUACUACACGUACCAGUAUGGCAGCCAUUUGUUUACAAAUAUCAGCUCUACCUUUAUUGGAGAUUAAAUUGGAGAAAAAUGUCAACUCCUAUCAUUACUUUCGUGUUUUGGACUUUUAAUAUGUAUAAACAUAUUAACCGGCAAUAUUUUGAUCUAAUUUUCUUCCAAACAGCUAACUACAGAUGUUAAUAAAAGUAGUCUAGAACAGAUGAUACAAAUAUAAACAUCCGCCAUAUUGGUAUGUGAAAAUCAGAUAAAAUGUGGGGGGGGAGGGGGGCAGAGGAGAAAUGGCUUCACGUCUGAUGGCUAAUGCUCCAUCUGUAUCCUUUCCUAAUCUCUGAACAUGACCCAUUGUGCAUCUGCACAACAUCGCCAAGCCAUGUUAACUAGCAACCAGACCACCAGAGGGAUAGUAGUGGAGGUUUGUCUAGGGCCUGCAAUACUUUUAUUUGGCGUUAGAUAAUGGGUUACUUAUUCACCACAAUGCACCUAAAUGAAACACUUGAAACUUACUACGUAACAUCCUAUUUUUUUCAUACAACAUUUAUCACCAGCCAAUCAGAAUCUUGCAAGAAAAUUAAAAGAUAACUAUGCUUUGAUACUGGCAUGUCAAUUACCUAUAUCAUGGGGGGAAGAGAGAAAAAAAGGAAAUAUAUUUACUUGCCAAUAUUAUGUACACAUUUAAUUAUUUUGUUAUACUUUGCACACGUUUAUGAUCCCAAUUAAAAAUUUAAGUAUAAAUUUUAGCCUUAGUGCCAUUACUUAAAAUCUAAAAAAAAAAAUUAGGUUUAUAUGACCAAUGUAAUUGUACUCAAUUGUCUGUCAAUAUGAUUACUUUCCAUCUCCUAUGCAGUUUUCUCAUUGAUUCAUUGAAGAUGCUAACAUAUGUCAUAGUUGCAGGUUAUAGUUUAGCAUUGGAGAAUAUUAUUAACAGAUAUAAACACUAUGACUUAGUUUGACUUGCAUGUGCAGUGCCUUAAUUUGAUAACAGUUUAUCAUACUGAGCAAAACUAUAAGAGAAUAGAUGAAUAAAUGAGAUAUGUUCUAACUAAUUAAUGGCAGGAAUGAAGCAGGAAGAGAAUAGAGUAUCAUUUAAGGAACAACGGUACAAAAAUCAAAAGUGGUUGCAGCAUUUUUCCCAGCUAACUAGACUACAGUUGCCAACAACAAUUCAUAAUGAUGUUUUUGAAAAUGAAAAUUUAUCAGCAAUGUGAGAUGCUUGGAUAUCAAAUUCACUCUCAAAUAUAAUAGGAUUAGAGUUUUGUGCCCACACCGACUGAUCAAUUUCGUAAGGCUGUGUUCAAGUGAUCAAUGGUGUUAUUUUUUCUCGUGUGUUUUAGUGGGGUAGUAGGUUUUUUUUUUUUUUUUUUUUUUUUUUUUUACUGCUUGUACUUAUCAUUCAGCACAAAUUUUUGCUAUGCCCUUAACAUUGCAGUUGUAAGGCCAUAUUGCAUAGUAAAGAUCUGUUUUUUUAUUUAGUUUAUCUGUUAAAUUUAAAUGAGUUUAAUAAAGUGUUUGACCGUAUAUCACAUGGUCACUCACACAUUGUAAAAAAUGAUACUGCUAGUUAAUCCACUUAAAAAUAUCCCAUAUCGGGGUCUGUUAUCAAACAAUACCGCCAGACUGACAUUUACUGAAAUGUCAGGCUGUUUAUUUGACAUUGUAAGACGCCGAAUUUGAGAAUGUUAAGGUGGAAAACUGUCAUGUUGAAGAUUGUGAAAGGUGCCAAAUGACUGUAAUCACUGAGCAUCCUGCUGCAAACCAUGGGUUCUGUCCCAAGCCCUGACAUAACUAAACUCUAAUUUAUGUUGUCUCUGCUUCUGUGCUUGGAAUUAUUAUUGGAUGAAAAUUUUUCACAAACCAACCCUCUUAUAAUUUUCCAUGAUGAGAAUUUCUGACCCAAGUUGAUAUAAUUCUGUGUUGAUUAUGCCACUCCCACCUCAUCCCAAACACAUUUUCCUUCAGAGGAAGAUAGCGUUGCCCAAUUGUUAGCAGGCGAACUAAGCUCAGUAGUUCGAAUUCAAUUCCAAGUGAAACGAUCUAAAUCUAAACGGCGUGAAAAGGUUCUUUAUGGGGGAUUAUCAAACCUCCAGGGGUAACCUGAACAUGCUUGCGAAAGGUCUGUGUGAUAAUCUACCGCGUGGUGUAUGGAAACGCGUGGAUACAUUAUACUUGCUUGAAACUAACAAGAAUUCGCUGUGUAAAGAAACGUGAGUUGUAAGAUUUGGGGAAUUCGACUUUGUGCAAGGACCGUACCCUAAAAUCACAAGACCGCCUAGUUAUGUUUCCCGCAUAACAAGUGGGCUACCUACCAAGAGUUUAGUAUCAUAGGACUGUAGCCAGAAAUUAAUUCUGACAUUACAUCUGGCAAUACCAGGUCUAAAAAUAUACAACAAAACUAAGGAAUUCUUAGUGAGAUGAUUCUAGAGUAUCGGAUUGUCCGCUAUUCCUGUGGCAGCGUGUAUAAUUUUAAGUGUGGCUGUCACAAUAAUUACAGUCCUUUUUUUUAUAGGCAUAGUACUGGUUUUCAGAAAGAAAAAUAAUUUUUACAUUUAUUCUUCUAUUUCAUUCAUAUUAGAAUUUUGAUGCUAGUGUAUUAACUUGCUUUUUGGUGUUAUUUUGGUUUUAUCACAAUUCACCAUAUAAUCUUAUACCUAGUGAUGGGCCAGUAUAAUUCUUUAAAAACUAAUAUUAUAAAGAUUUUAUGUUGAAGGGAACAGAUGCAAAGAAAAAUAGAAGAAAUGUAUUAAAUUUUACACAGGCAACUCUAAAGUUUACUAGAUCUGUGUGUGUUAGUCUGUUUGAACACAAUAGUUAAUGCUUUUAUUUAUUGUAGAUUGUUCAGUUUUGACACUCAAGACCAAGAUUUGGAUUCAACAGGUAGAUUCAAGGUACUCUUAGUGAUUUGAAUACGGGAUUCAGGACCCAUCACUAGCUGUUAGAUUGCAUGUUGAUAAGCAAGGUUGUGCGACUUUCAAGAACAUCUCUUAAAUGAAGUAGUAAACUUAUUUUAUAGUUUUCAUUACUGUCUCAUAAGCUUUGUCAUCUUGUAUGCUGGAAACCAUGGUGAAAAUUUAAACUCACAAAGUUGAUUAAACAAAGUUAACCAAAAGUGUUAAAUUUUCAUGUGUAUUUAAGGUGUGUAAUAAUGAAAAAAAAAAAAAGUUCUCUUUAAAGUGGCAAUAUUUUUAACAGCUCUGCUUCACAUGCUAUGGUGUUGUUUUCCUCAUUAUUACUAUUUUUUAUGUAAGGACUAUUUCUGGAAUUUCAACAAAAUACUAACUUUGCAUUUAUUGGUGUCACUAAUCCAUAUUUUCAACAGAUAUUUACUAAGGGUUUUGCAGGAAGUCCAUAAAAUAAUGUCCAAGUUUCAAUGGUAUAUCAUAACAGUUUUCUUUAGACUAUUUACAACAAAUCAUGCAUCAAAUCAAAGGUAAACAAACCUGGUUUUUCUUACAAAUGUUCAAUGUGUGCACCUUUAGUUAUAUGCCACACAUCCAAUGUAAAGUCCAAUUCUUCCCACACUUUGGUUAACACGUCCGGAGUAAUGGAAGCAAUAGUCUCUUAAAUUGUGUCUCAACUGUGGCAAAUAAUUAGGUAGCUGCAGAAUGUAGACACCAGCUUUUAUAAAGCUCCAAGAAAAAAAAUUAAACUGUGUUAUGUCAGGUAAAUGUUGUCACUCUUCCACUGUGAUGGCUGAGCCCAAGCUGAAAAAUACCUGUAUAUACUCAGCUGUGUGUGUCCCAGCUAGAUUAAUUAUUAAAAGUAAUAAUUAACAUAUUUCACAUGUAAGAGAGAACAAGAAUAAAAUAUAGUACAUAAAAAUAAAUUGAAUAAAAUCUAGUGUAUUGUGUUGAGUGCUGCAAAACUAUAAAUGCUAGUUGUUAUUCUUAGGUAUGAAAUUAAACUGUUACAGUCUUAAAAUGACAUGUGCAAUAUUUCCUUCCUAAAAUUAAUUAUAUUUAGGCAAAUUAACUGGUGAAUCUUUAUUGUAUUUUUACUAUCAUAUUAGGACAUCAGAUAUAGGAUCUGAUAGCAACACCAGAUUUAAUGUGUACGGUCCUGUGUUGGAUAAUACAGGAACCUAUAAUAAUGUGAUAUCAAUACGAUGAUUCACUACACUGUUGUAAUUGUAGACACUCAGGUAAUCUGCGAGGUGGGAACUCAGCGGCACAGGACCUCCAGGUCUUAAGCGCAGUCAGGUACUAGCUGAAAAGACAAUUCAGAAGUUACAACUGGAGCUAUCGUAGGCAUUGAUUCCUCAGCUUCCGUAGUCUUCGGGAGCUGUAAAAUGUUAAGACUUGGAAUGCUUUCACCCAAGUUGACCAAAUCGGGGUUAGCAACUGAAGCACACCAACCAAUUCUGCAAGCAGUAGGAAAGAAUUUAGCGUGACGCGGAAGCUUUGUCACUGCACAGCAUUCCCCCCCCACAUGUUUAGCAAGAAGAAUAUUGCCAACAUCCUGAAAAAGACAAUUUCAGAUGACAAAACCACCACUCGUGGUAUCAUGGAAGUCUUCCUAUCAUCCACACGGGAUUCUAGGGACUCAGAAUAGCGCCACGUGCGGAUGAAGCCUUCACCGAUGUGUAUUUGCUGUUGGCCAUCAUCAUUUUUCCUAAUGCUUCCCUUUCAAAUUUCAUUCCAACACCAAAGAGCAAGCGUGCAAACACAAACACUAGAUGACUGGUAGACCAAUAUAUUAAGUGUUUUAAAUUAGGUUAAUAGAAAAAUAAAUCAUAUGAAUAAAUAUAUGAAAUUAUUGAUGCAUAAGGAAUUAAAUAGAAGAUAAAAAUUAAAUGAACUAACUGUCAUGUGGUGUUUCUCCUUACGUGACUGUCCCAAUAUAUAUGAUUUUGCAUAAGUUUCUCAAUAAAAACAAUUAAUGCAUACAUAACUUAAGUACAAAUAAUAACAAUACUGUUAUAUUUUCUAAUUAUUACAAUGUGGAGGCCAGCAAAAAAGAGCUCUCAUCUCAACCGAUACAACCGUCAGGGACUUCCGACAAUUAAACUUUAAACAAAGUGCACAUUUAACUGUAAUUACAGAUUUGCUCGUAGCAAGUUGCAGAACGCAAAAUGCUUUACACUCAGGAGUCGCCAUUUUUUGUAAGAUGGCGCUGCAAGCGAGGAAACCACAAAGCCGUGCUCGCUCAUGCUCUUAUCUAAAACUGUUGUUACCCUUCGAUUGAGACCUUGAACCAACUUACUUACAGUUGAUACUGUUAAAAUAUAUAACUGGGACAUUCUUGGAUGGACGUGCUGUGUAUUGGAUGUAAAAAUUUGCACAAGUGAUAAUUAUUACACUAGUGAAUAGCUGUUAAAAAUAUUGACACAGAAAAUUACAUGGAAGGCAUCAUGUUCAAAUUUCUGAAAGAGCCCUUAAAUGGUAAUUAUAAUAAAAUUUAAAAAAAAAACAUUACCUGAGAGACGGAGCCUUAACUUUAUUGAGAAUUAUGGUUGGUAUAUUACGGUAGUUACCGAAUUGUGCUCUAUUGACUUUAGUGUGGCCGUAAGGUAGAUAAGUGAAGUAUAUUGAGAUUUCCUUGAGCCUGUAGUGGAGUAUGUGCUGAUAUUGGUGUUAUUUACAGUUGUGAGCCAAAGAGAAUAUGUAUUACCAUCUUGUAAUGUGGCAACUGUGUUGUAUGCUUUGGGCCGUGUUCAGAUGGAGGACUUAUUUUUGAUGGUGUAAAUGUUCUUAUCACUUUAAAAAUGAGAAUGUGCUUUAAAUAUUCUGUCAGCUGUAAUUCUAUGUGUAAAGACAUAGAUUUAAACCCCCUCCCCCCAACCACAUUAAUUAAUGUAUUGGAACCACAAGUAUGACCAUUGUAAUUUCACAUCUUCCAUAACUAUUGAUAGAAAAACCACUUUGAACACGGCUACCUUGAUGUAUAAUUGGUGCUGUUUUGAUGUAAUAGUCUUUUUGACAAACUGAUAAAGUGGCUGUGUAUUAAGUAGUUGAUGUACAUGGCACUUGAGAAUUGUAUUAUUGUUCAUUUUCCCCCUUUUCAUAUUAUUAAUACAUUUUAGCCUAUCCAAUGUAUCUUUUUGUAUGUGCAACUACAAAUGAAAUUCUCAAUUAUUGAGCAGUUUAAUUAUUAUGUUAAUUUGCAUUUACAUGUAAUUUUUCUAAAAAGUUAUUUUGUAAGGUUUAUAUCAAUGUGUAUAUACUGUAUAUUAAAUACUUUCUCAAUUUUCA